GUUAUUUAGCUGCUCACAAACAGAGUGUGACGUGUGGAUAGAUUGAUUAUUGGAUAUCUACUAUGGAGCUCAAUGGUACACUGAGUGGAGAUCAGAUUGAUGUUCUCUCUACUGUGUACUUAGUGUUACUCACUCCCAGUGUGAUUGGGAGUUUUUCUGUCCUGGUGGUUUCCAUAUUGAAAUGGAGGCAUCUACAACAACAGGUGCACUUGCUGGUGCAGCUCGCCCUUGCCGACCUCCUGGCUGCUCUGAUCCUGAUUUCCACCAGUGUCAUGAACAAAAUUGGAACCAUCAACAGUGUAAUGAUCUGCCUAUACAGCCUGCCACUGUCAUUGACAUUUUACUUUGUUUCAUUUCUGCUGGUGGUGGUUUACGCAUGGAAGUCGAAGAAUGGAAUCCAAGGAUGGAGAGCAACACCAGCAGAGAAUGAGGGCGGACAGAGUCAGUAUGGACGGAAAAUAGUAGCUAUACCUGUAUAUGCCAUGGUGUGGUUGAUCCCCAUUGCAAUAUACUUAGCAUAUGUUCUCACUCCCUUCAUAAAAGCUGCUAUGGUGAUUCCAAUUGCUGACAAAUCACUAAGCGGGACCCUCCAAAGUGACAGCAUGUACUGCACCAGUUGUAUUUUGUUCUUGCAUGUCUGGAGGGACUCCUGCCCAGGAUCUGAAAAAAUCCAUGACACUUUCAUCAAAACUUUUCUUUUCCUUGUGGUGAUACCAGUGAUGCUGUCUUGCUCUGUCAUUUACUAUAAUGUUGGUAAAUGGUAUGAAAGACAUCAGCAUCAUGGUCUUUUUCCGGUGGAAGGAGACGGACGUUCAAGGAGGAGAUUCAAAAGAAUGAUUUCUACAGCAAGAAAUAUGGUGAUGGUCAUCUUAUUCUGUUGGACACCAGCGCUUAUCCUCAUUCUGAUGUCCACAAUUAUGAUAUGGAUAAACAUUGAACAGCGCAGACUAUUUGGCCUUUACAUGAUACAGGCUGCCACUGUGUCCCUGCAAGGUUUCCUGAACAGUAUGGUUUACGCCUGGAGACGGCCAAACUUCACAGAGGCUGUUCUUGGGGAGAACACACCCCUGGUGCCGCACAACCGCCUGGCCUUCUUUGAUGAAUCGCUCAGGAGUUAAUCUUGAUUGUUGACUCUAAACACGCGAAGAGAAAUUGCUGGCACACCACACUGCUGGCCUGAGGAGGACCGACUGCCUGCACACUUCAUGACUUCAUGACAGUUUAGACUGAAAGAUAAAAUGCUCUCAUUCACGGACUGAAGAUGAAGAGAAAUAGAACAAAAAGAUGAAGGAAACACAAAGACCCUUUAAACAAGCAACAACUGAUGCAGUGCUUUUCAUUGCAACUGCUGGAUUUUUCUUAUAGUAAACAAAGUCAUAGUAGCUUCGUUAGCAUAUUUAUUUGUAUAAAAAUGGGGACAAAAAGGACAUUAACUGUAUGACUUUGUUGUAUUUAUAUGUGCUGUUAAUGUUUUAUCAAAGACUUAAAAGAUGUCAUAUAGAAUUAUGGAUGUGGUGUUCGAUUUAUAUGUUAUGUUUUAUCAAAUGUAUUUGUAGUGUUUAAUAAGGUGCCAGUUGUUACCUACUGUUUUAUUAUGGACUUGUUAUUCAACAGUACCUCAGCACUCUGUAGUUCAAGAUAAGAACAAUGGAAAACCUGUCGGGGUUGCACAUAUGCCGUCACCUUUCUGUCAUUUCAGAAGCACAUGUCACCCACCAUAAUAUAGAGUUCAGUCUCAGGAGCAUGGCACAUGACAAGAGAAGGAACAAAGUGUCUGCUUUGUCAUGUCUGGGUGCAACCACAACGGAUAACUUAUCUCAUAAAAAAUACUGUGUGGUUGUGCAACUGAGGUCUUAUAUAAGAUCUUUCAGAUAUAUAGUCUCACACACACACACUUAGGCACAAAGAUCAGCACAUUCUCAUGCUGUAGUAUCUCAAACUCCAUGACAACAUUGUAGCAUGUUGAAAGACUGCAAGCCAACCUGUGAUCGCCAGUUUAUCUGCUGUACUUUAAAGCAAACAUGAUGUGCACAACUCAUCUGCUGAAGGCUAUAUGGCUAUAGCUACAUGGGUUUGAGUUGCAUAGGAUAAAAAACAUAAGGGUUAGACAUAACACAGGGUUUUGUCAAAAACAUUAUUUUUUCAAUGUGUUUUAAUGUGAUUCAGUUGAGGCAAGAAUAACAAACACCUUUGUAUGAAAACUUGAGCUAUUAUCACAGAUCCAGAAGUGAGUUGAGUCGCUUUACUUUAAUAAAAAUCCACACAGCCUGCAUCCUCCACACCUGGUCACCCAAUUAUAGUUUCCUUGGAGAUUCAUUAUCUGAUGUGCAUGAGAUCUACUGCCUAUCCAUAGAUGUUGUGAUGCACAAAAGUGUUCCUAAAAAGCAGUCCUACUCAGCAAAUAUACAGUAUGUCUACAAGACACAGAUUUGAAAAAUCUUGUUCCUGAUAAUAAAACCAUUUGGUCAGUCCAGUGCAAGUCACUAUCAAUGACCUAUUAACAGUAUUUAUCACCGAUUGAUCAUAUCGCUAUUCUUUUGGUCAUAUGUAUGAAGCAGCCAACCAGAGUAAACCUUAUAUCAUAUUGUUCAUUAUUGUUCAACAUAUCAGGCUAUACUAAAAAAAAAAAGGAACUGCACGACAGGGUUCACUGGCAUAAACAGCACCCGUCCUGUAGCAACAAGACUGCAUGUUCAUGUGUUUUUGUGUACGCGUAGUUGCUCCAUUAAUUAUCUGCCCAGUGAAUUUUCUGAAUAUGAUGAAUGAACCCUACAGAUUUGCUGACUAAACUGCAAGGCUGUGGCCUAGAAAUGACUCUGGAUUUCUAAUAUUUUCUGUCUUCCGGCUCCAAGGUUA